CUCCUCUUGCUCUGAUUGGCUGGCGGGACCCAGCCCCCAGCCACGUGACCAGGUCGCGGUUUGCUGUGCAGUGGGACAAGCAGUCGCCCUCGCGCGAGGUAAAUGAGGUGAGCGUGAUGUGGGCCGGCUCUGUUCGCGCCGCGCUCUCCCGAGCCCCCGGCAGCCGCCGCGCGCACUCAGCGCUGGCGCAGCUGCGUGGCAUAUUGGAAGAGCAGCUGGAAGGGAUCCGCGGGGCUGGCACCUGGAAGAGUGAGCGGGUCAUCACGUCGCGCCAGGGGCCGCGCAUCCACGUUGACGGCGUCUCCGAAGGAAUCCUUAACUUCUGUGCCAACAACUACCUGGGCCUGAGCAGCCACCCCGAGGUCAUCCAGGCAGGUCUGCAGGCCCUGGAGGAGUUUGGAGCUGGCCUCAGCUCUGUUCGCUUCAUCUGUGGGACCCAGAGCAUCCACAAGGAUCUAGAAGCAAAGAUAGCCCGCUUCCACCAGCGGGAGGACGCUGUUCUUUAUCCCAGCUGUUUUGAUGCCAACACUGGCCUCUUUGAGGCCCUGCUGACCCCAGAGGAUGCAGUUCUAUCAGAUGAGCUCAACCACGCCUCCAUCAUCGAUGGCAUCCGUCUUUGCAAGGCCCAUAAGUACCGCUACCGCCAUCUGGACAUGGCUGAUCUAGAGACCAAGCUGCAGGAGGCCCAGAAGCACCGACUGCGCCUGGUGGCCACUGAUGGGGCCUUUUCCAUGGAUGGCGACAUUGCACCCCUGCAGGAGAUCUGCCACCUCGCAUCUCGAUACGGUGCCCUGGUCUUUGUGGACGAAUGUCAUGCCACUGGCUUCCUGGGGGCCACAGGACGGGGCACAGAUGAGCUGCUGGGUGUGAUGGACCAGGUCACCAUCAUCAACUCCACACUGGGGAAGGCGCUGGGCGGAGCGUCAGGGGGCUACACGACAGGGCCUGGGCCCCUGGUGUCCCUGCUGCGGCAGCGUGCCCGGCCCUACCUCUUCUCCAAUAGCCUGCCACCUGCCGUUGUCGGCUGUGCCUCCAAGGCCCUGGACCUGCUCAUGGAGAGCAACGCCAUCGUUCAGUCUAUGGCAGCCAAGACCCAGCGGUUCCGCAGUAAGAUGGAGGCUGCUGGCUUCACCAUCUCGGGAGCCAGUCACCCCAUCUGCCCCGUGAUGCUGGGUGACGCCCGGCUGGCCUCUUGCAUGGCGGAUGACAUGCUAAAGAGAGGCAUCUUUGUCAUCGGGUUCAGCUACCCCGUGGUCCCCCAGGGCAAGGCCAGGAUCCGGGUGCAGAUCUCUGCAGUGCACACUGAGGAAGACAUCGACCGCUGCGUGGAGGCCUUUGCGGAGGUGGGGCGGCUGCACGGGGCAUUGCCCUGAGCCCUGGAUAGUGACGAGCAGAGCCAAGGUCCCCCUCUCUCCAUGGCAACACAGAGGGCCUUUGAUCAUCAGCCCGGGCCAGAGGCUCUGAGCCCUGUCAGAAUCCUCUGGCUGGGCUGGGGCAAGGCCUAUGCCUGUGACCGGGAGUGUGAAACAACUGUGGAAAUUGGCUGUGAUGCGUUGCUUUAUUCUUUAUGAGCAGUUCCCCUGCUCUGUGAUCGGCCGAAAGAGCAGGUAGGAGCUGCAGCCAUGACGGCAGGCUCUGGAAAGCUAUAGCAGACGUUGGAGCUGACUAACUCAUCCAAAUUAAGAUGAGACCCAGGCUGCGGGGCUGAUAUAGCAGGGCUGUCCCCUGGCUCAGCUGGAGUCUGUGCUGCUGCAGAGGGAGCUGAGCACCAGCUCUGCAGGCCCUGUCCCUCGCCGCCACCUCCCACUCUGCUGCCUCCGGAGUGUAGCCCUGGGGAACACCUUGUGUCCUGCUCUCUGAAUAAAGGGUGGUCCACAGCCGCCCGGAUAAGAAGGGGCUGGGCAUCCAUACCCAUGUUUGGAAGAGAGGCAGAGGAUUCAGGCCCCAAAGCAAAGUGUGGGUCACUCUUGGGGAGGCCCCUGCCAGUCCGGAAACCUGUGUUCUAUCCCACUUUGUCCCUAAGCCUGUGGCACACACUAGGCCAUCUCUAUCCCUAGUGUGUGCCUCAGCAUGUGCCACACUGUACCAGGCGUGGAUGUUUUCUUAAUGUCUGAGGCUUUUCCAGCUCUGUCAACCCCAGGCCUGCUGGCCUCAUGGCAAGCCGCCAGGGGGCGCAGCGAGCUCAGACUCCAGCAGCUCCGGCCCCUCCGGCCCCACCCCUCCAGACUUCUGGCCUUGGGCUCGCCAUUUGAGCAAUUCUACAGCCACGGCCUUCCAGGCUGAUUGGCUGCUGUGAAAGCCCUAUCCACCCUUGUCCCCCACAAUGACUUGCUGCGCCUCCACUGGAGGUGGCAACCCCCUUCCCACAGUCACUUCCCCUAGCCCCUCUCCGCUGCCCUCCCCACUCAGUCUCACAGGCACCCGGUGGGGGCAGGGGGCAGCUUCUGAGUCACCAUAGCCCCAGCCUCAGCAGAGUGGCCUUGGGAAGCUCUCGCAGUUUGCUGGGGGUAGAGCGGGAUGAAAAGGGCCCUUAUUAACAUCGGGGAACUAGGACAAGGUCUCCAGCGCCCAUAUCCCCAGCCCUCCCCCUUUCUUGGGAAUCUUGGUUGAACAAUCUGGUUGAGCUCCAGCCUAAUCCUGCAAAUGAAAAAGAUUUUAUUGUCAGAGAGAGGGGGAGGGAGGGAGGGAGACAUUGAUGUGUGAGGUUUCGUCUCGAACGCCCCAACUUGGGACCUCACCUACAACCCAACGUGUGCCCUGACCGGAGUCGAACCUGCGGCCUCAGUCUGCAGGAUGAUGGCCAGCCCAUUGAGCCACACCAGUCAGGGCCAGUCCUACAGGAUCUUGACUCUGGGAUUCUGGACAUCCUCGCCUGUGAUCUGGAAGAGCUUGAGGCUGGGGGAUGUCGCCAGGGGGAGGGGCUGCUGCAGCCACAUCAAGCACAGGAACGCGUGUGUGUAGCCACCCCCAAGGUGGGGCCCCCGGUGCCAGGCGCACUGUGGCAGCAGCGAAGGCACAGGAUCUGACACCAGUACCGAGCGCAGCUUGACGUGUGAGGGCCGCAUGGGCCAGCAGGUCACACCUGGCAGCCACGACCACAGUGUGCCCCACCCACCCAGCGAAGCCAGAGCACCUGGCCCAGGCCCACUGGGCAGUGGCACAGUGUGCGCUGCCGGUGGCAGCAGGCACUCCCCAGUGAGCAGCGACUCGACAUCCUGGGCCUGGCCGUGGUCGUGCCAUGCGUGGUUGACCAGGUACGGAGGGGUGCUGGCCCUGGUCCACGGCCACCCAGAAGGGGUCCUAGGAGGUGCCAUCCGGGGCAGCAGCAGUUCCAGUUGCACAUGCCUGGGCUCGGGCACAUACUGGUAGUGGUCCAUAUCCAUGACAAACUAGAGGGCUGGCCAUGGAUCACUCGCACUUCUGCACACUGUGGGACCAGGGGCUGGGGGUACUGUUCUCAGGGCGCACAAUCCGUGUCUCCCGAGUUGGGCACGAGGUUCAAGUUGUGGCCACCGGGAGCAGCAUUUGCAGCAAAGGGAGCAGGGGGCCCCGGGGCCUGCUGGCACUGGGGCAUAACAACACACCCUUCCUGCCCACCCCAGGUUGGGCCUUCUGGGGUCGCCUCCUUCCCUCUGCAUCUGCUCUCAGAGCUGCUCGGCCUGCGGCUACUGGGAGUCCCUCCAGUGCUGCCAGGACCCAGCUACGGGCGAGGAGGGGCCUCUCGCACUGGGGCCCCCACGGGGAGGCGGGACAGCAUGUCAGAGACCUCAGAGGCUUUCAGGGUGCAGGCAUGACAUGUUGGUGUGUCUGAGCUUCUGGCAGUCUGUCGGUGUGUCACUUUCAGAAAGGGUGGACCUCCAUCAGUGAGUCUAAAAUCCCACCAUACCUAUAAUUCUGCUUUUCAGUGAUCAUAAGAUUCUGUUGUUCUGAUUCCUUCAUCCAAUCUGAUAGCUCUGAAUUCAGAUUUGGAGAGUCCAGGUAUGAGCCCUAAUAUCUUCAAUUUAGUGAGUCUCGGCUUCCAGAAGCGGAGGAUGCUCUGUGCCUGGGGUGAGGGGCACCAGGCUUGAUGAGCACUUCUGCGCACUGACAGAGGUCCCGGGAGCCUGCGAGGGACUGGCCCUAGAGAGUUCACUAGCUGCUCCAGCCUCACAUGCAAGUCUGGGCUUCAUGAGCAUCCCCUCAACUAUCCUUACUUCCCCAGACUUCCCCUUUGACAUUCUUUCCACCCUCCCAGCUUCUAGAAGGACUCCAUGUGCAGUCCCUAGCACCUCUUCUCUCCCUUAACUCCUUGCAGUCUGCCUUCUGCCCCCUCGACAUUCGUCGCUAAACCCAGUGCUCCUGGCUGCCUAGGUGUUCGCCUCCAACUCUUUGGCCGUGUGGUGCACUUCUCCAAGUGGUCAGGUCAGAACCCCUGACCGAGUCAGCCAUUCACCAUCAGCUCUUUGGCUGCUGCCUGGAAAAGAGGCUCCUGGCGGUCACUCGUUAAAUCGGUCCACCCCGAGCCAUAAUAAACUAAUUCCAAAAUAACUGAUCAGGUCCU